GCUUGUCUCGCGUUCGGUCAUCCCGCUCUCCAUGUAAUGCCGCGAUUCAAACCACCACGAGCCUCCUCUCCGCCGGGACCACCACCACGAGCCUCCUCUCCGCCAGGACCUUCAACGCGCUCGCUCGCUGCCCUCAGCGAUGCCCUCGAUGCCUCCAGCUCAUCACUCCCUCCCCUGACCCCCGAGCUGGCUGCGUUGACUCCCUAUGAGGUCGACCUCAUGGACGCCAUCCUCCAAAGGGCGUCACCCGCAGCUACGACUCUCGUUGUCAUCAAGGUCUUCAACGAGCUCCUGAAAGAGCGUGGAAUGGAUUCUGAGAAGGAGAUCGUUCUCUAUAAGAAGCUACUCCAAAUUGUGACUAUCAAGGGCAAAAAUUGGGGGGAGAAAUGGGACAUAGUCAAGCGACGGUUAUCUUCCCGACCAGGCCCUUCCAAACCAAGAAUUGCUACGGCUCUCCCUCCUCGGCCAGCACCACCACGGCCACCAUCCUCCCCUGCACCAACAACACACAGAGCUCAUGACGCGUUCACUCUGCAUUCUCAUCAGGAUGAUGCCACGCAGAGUGAAGCCCUCACGGAGGCGGAGGCGGAGGCAGAUCGUACAUACCGUCCACACGCCAUACAAACCGCCACAACGACGGCCGGCCGAGCUGUUUCACCCACUCUGACUAUGACCACGAACUCCCUGGGCCUCAGUACUGCUCCACCAGCUGCUAAUUCCGCACGCACUAGGACGCUUGCUUACCAAGCUGCCCUCAAACGAGCCUUUCCCGCUCGGGCUCCUGCCGUUUGGGAUGCGGAAACGUCUGAAGCCACAGCCGACACUGCUCGCGCACCAUCCUCAGUGCCUCCGUCCUAUGGUGCAGCAACACGCGAACUCGACACUCGCGCUCAGCCUUCGUCGAACCACCACCCCCUUCGUGCCCUCGCCAAGGCCCAGUCCAAAGUGGCCGACCCCUCUCCCGCGUCUCUCACUUCCCAUCUGGUCCCUGCAGCCGCACGUGCCGCCGUUCUACACGCGCGAGGGCGAAGCGGAAGUGUGAUCAACGAGGACGAGGCAUGGAAGAAGAUUAGGAUGGCGCGGGACGACGAGGAGGCGGACCGGUUUCGAGAGGAUAAGAUCAUUGAACGCUACUGGGAAGCGUGGAGAGAAGCCUGUCGAUGGGUCGUCACUACGAGCGACCAGGUGGCGGAAGCUCGCAAUAACUUCCUCAUCCGUCGAGCACUUCACCAAUGGCGCAGCCUCACUGCCUCCCAGAGGGAUAUGUCCCAACGCGUGGCUACCACUGCGGAUAACCGCCGGCUCAAAGCUGCCAUGCAGAUCUGGCGCGCCAGGCUGCGCGAACGCAAGCAACUACGAUGGCGGCAGGACAUGCGCGCGCGCAUGAAAACCGUGCGCGAUGGCCACGACCAUCAGCUUGUGAAGGGCACGUACGCACAAUGGAGGCAGGCCUUCCGCCUGCGCCUUGCAGAGCAACACUAUUACCGGACAUUCGUGGUCAAGACGUACAGGAGGUGGCGCGCUAAGCUGGUGGAGACGGACCACCUGGAGAACAAGGGCGACCAAUUUGUAGCGCUCAGGGAGAAGGGGCUCGUCGUAGGGUGCUGGGAUUCGUGGAGAAAGGAACUGGGUCUGAGAAGAGCGGAGAGUUCGGUGGCUGAGAGCGUCGCCCUAAGGGUCCUCACUACCACGUUUAAUACGUGGGGGAGACGACUGUAUGAAAUCCGGCAGGCGGACGAAUUUCACGACAGUCAGGUUAUGAAGCACGCUUUGAGGUCAUGGAAAACUGCUAGAGACCGGAUACGCGCCCUGGAUAAUCGUGCUAUCAAGCACGAAACUCGUCAGAACGAAGUGCUCCUCCGAGCGGUGUGGCGUGUGUGGAAAGCCCAUGAGCGCGGCAAGUUGCUGGAACGCGUGCGCGGUACAAGACUCGUCCGGCAAGUUUGGGCGACAUGGAUGCGGCGGCUGCAAGAGCACCGCGAGCGCGAGGAUAAAGCUAUUGCUUUCUCAACGCGCGGCGCCUCUGCUCUCGCAUUCUCCACCGUCCAUCGAUGGCAUGAAGUGUUUACCUCUCAUCGAAAUGCACAAGCGUUUGCCGUGCAGUACUACAACUCUCAGCUUGCCUACCGCGUGCUCUUCGAAUGGCGUCUGCAAUUGCGAGCUCAUGCAAAGCAGUCAAGACAGGCACGUCGCGCGGAGAAAUUCUUCGCGACUAAGAAUGCGUGGCGCAAGUGGGUCGAGAAGGUGAAGGAGAAGAAGAGGGAGAGCAAGAUGAAAGAGUUUGAGGCUCGUGUGGUGGGGAGGUACCUCAGGGAGUGGCACCAAAGAGCACAGCUUGAGAGGCAGAGAAAACUGUCGGAGGAAAUUAUCCGGAAACGGGUCGAACUACGCAUCCUUUCAAAGGCGCUAAACCACUGGACCAACAAAGUCGCGGAUAUCAAGUUCCGCGAGUUCGAGACACAACAGCGCCACGAAACUACUGUUAUCACGUCGGCUUUCAAUCGGUGGAAGGCAUUAUGCGUCCGGCAUGUCAACAACCUCAGUCUCAUGGAAAGCUAUCAGUACAUCAAGAGAGAAGAGACCUUAAGCCGGAUGUUCUACCAUUGGCUCAAUACCGCCCGCAAAGCACGUGGCCGCCGUCUGCUCCUCCAGCAAAAAGAAGAAGAACUCAAGCUUGCCGUCGUGGCCGGUGCGUGGGACAAAUGGCGUGAACGGUAUCUCGACAUUCGGCUACAGCCUCUGGCGGACGCAUUUCUCGCCCAACACCAGAGGAAUCUCGUUUUCCGAACAUUUGGCAUCUGGCACUCGAAGACUAAAUCUCUUCCCGCAGUGCGCUUCCAUGCGUCGCACCUCAAGGCGAGGCACUGGGCAAUCUGGCGCGAAGCCAUGCCCAGGGCGCUGCAAAGCAAGGAAGCGAGAGAGGUGCAUCGCAAGAACGUUUUGACCAAAGUGUUUGAGAAGUGGUCACAAGCAUAUAAGUUUAAGCUCCAGCUCAAAGCUGUGGCCCGUGCACGCUAUCUACGCCUCCCUACGGCAGCACCGAGGCAGAUUCGUUCGGCACUUCAGCCGAAGCCCUCCACGGUUACCGCAGAUUACCCGACCGCCCCCUCCGCAGUACCCCGAGCAAGCAGCCCGACUAGUGCUUCGGAAGCCGAGCCCUCCUCGCCUCCACUCCGCCCCGCCCCAGCAGUGCGCUCAAAGCUCUACCAAGGCGGCCGCCUGACCAUAGCGAGCCUGCUCUCUGAGCGUUCGCGCUCGCCUGAGCGACGGCCACCGCCCAAACUUUCCGCACAGCUCUCGACGAUGGCGAGCCCGUCGCGCCCGCGGCUGUCCACGCGCGCGAGCACCGUCCGGGACCCGAGUCCUGCGCGCUCGACGUCAACGUACGGCGGCGCGACGAAACGCAGCGGGUCCCUGGCGAGCAAGGCGCCGAGCAUAAAGGCGCUAAGUACGUGCAGCGGAGACGCGGGGAGGGGCAGACUUUGGCAGGAACUGAAGAACGUGCAGGCACGCCCAAGGCCCCCCACCGAGAGUGCGCGGUCGCGGUUAGGAGAUCUGUAGCAAUACCCCGCUUAGCCUCUGUUGGCUUGGAUUUACCCUAGACUCAUCUAUCGGUCAUUUUGUAUCUAUAUGUAUUUUACAUGGGGGCAACUCGCCCUCCCGCGAUGUUGCUUGGCGCAGAUCGGAAACAGAUGUUAUUGUGAAGGUUCUGGCUUGAUAUCGAAUGCCGUGCUAAGUCUUGCGGAGGUCUGCCUCUCUUUCUUUACAAUGACUUUGCCAUGCUUCGAAGGAUGCUCCGCAGGGUGUUUCCAUCUAGCCACGAUCUGCAAACUUUUUAGACUACCAUAUAGCUUUCGCAUGAGGACAGCACGCACAUCUCUCCGGCCGCCCGCGAGGUCAAUGCCAAGCUCGUCCAGAUGCUCUUGGUAGUGCGCCGACACAAGCACUUCAAAGCAGUCGACGAGGUUCGGGUCCUGCCACGACCAGCCCCCAGACCUGAUCCAGUCUCUCUUCCGCUUCGACAGCGCAAAGAUGGUGGGAUGGUCGUGCGAAAGGUCGUACAUGUUGAUGUCGUGGGAGCAAUCGCGAACAGGACAGUACCACCGGGCGCCCGCGAGAGGAAUCCGCGGCGACAGGGUGAGCACGUAUGGGAUGGCCGUCAUGACUGCGGGCUCUGUGAGCUUCUGCGACUGCACAUAGUCGUCGCUAUCCGUGUCCGAUUGCGGCGGGGCCUCGUCUGAGGAAAAAUCCCCGUCGAGCAGGUAGUUCUCUACGUCGGAGUCGUCACUGGACGGCCGGUAGUAAUCCGGCUCGGCGAGUGCACCUGGGUUGUCGAUGUACUCCAAACCGGAAGAUUCGUAGCCUCGCUGGAUUUCGUUGUCGUCCCCGAGCGAGGGCGGUCUCGAGAGGUCGGGAGAUAGCUGACGCUUGCGUCCGGCGUUCUAGCAUUACAUAUUACGCAGU